GGGAUAUAAAUAAAAUUUUAUUUUUAUUGUUAUUAUUACUCCCCUAUCUGACUUACAGAAGACAUCAGAAGGCAACUCUGUAUGGGGAAAUUUUUAAUGUCUAAUGUUUUACAAUUUCUUAUGUGUUGUAAGUUCCCCAAGGUUGCUCAGCAGGGUAUAAAUAAUAAAAUUAUUACUAAUUUAUGUUGUUGUUGUUGUUCCCCGCGAGGUGGAAGAUAAAAUAAAUGAAAACAGGAAGGGAAUUCAGUGUUCAGAGCACGGCUCUUUCCCCUUUGACCUUUUCGUCACUCUACUCCGUGAGUUCCCGCCGCCAUGACACCAGAGGCAAGAGAGGCAAAAAAAACCCCCCUCCUGGCAGCUGAGUAGAAUAAACAGAGCUCCGUCAGGAGAAUAAAGAGCGGAGCAAUUUUCCCACCUCCUUCCCCCCCUUUGUCUCGUAACUUCCACUCUUUUUAACUUGUGUUUUUUUAAAAAAACUUUUUAAAUCUGAGGGCGGUCAACAGAAAUCCUGACACGUGUUACCUUCAAGGACCGAAUGGGGGGGGCGUGGAGGAGAGAAGGUAAGCUUGAAAACAAAAGGCUUCUCGGCAGCCGAUUGGGCGUGACGACAAGGGCAAGACGCAAACGCACGCACGCACGCGCGAGCGAGGGAAGGAGCGGAACGACGCGAGCCGGGCCGCUGAUUGGGCGUGACGUCAUCCGAGUCGCCGGGCUGGUGUUUGUGCGCGAGGCGUUACCCGCCAAAUUCAAACCGCCGAAGAGGAGGCGUCGGCUCGUCCGGGCUUGAAGAAGGGAGGCUUCAGCGCCGAGGAGGCCGCGCUUCCCGAGAGAGGAACUUCCGCUGCUCGGUUGCGGCAAACAGACAGGCGAGGAUAAAACGGCGACUUCAUUGGCCUCCGGGUAGGAAUGUUUUUCGGCAGGAGCCAGAAAGAGCCCCUCUCCCCCCAAAACAUGGAUUAUUAUUAGUAGUAGUAGUAUUAUUGUUAUUGUUAUAGCUCCCCACCGCGAACAUAGUUUAUUGCUGCUGCUGCUGCUGUUGUUGUUAUAUUGGGUUUAUUAUUAAUACUAUUAUUUUAUUUUGCUUCUUAUUAUUCCAGUGAAGCUUUUUUUUCUUUUUUAAGUGUUUAAUGGUGUUACAGUGCUGCUAUGAAGCAGAACCAUAGGCUAACAUUUACACACAAUUCCACUGCACUGCUUAAAUGGGAUUACCUUUUUUUUUGCUUUUUGUUGAACAUGGUUUCUUAUUCUGGUGAAUCCUUUCUUUUCCUUUGUUAAGUAUUUAAUGGUGUUAAAGUGCUGCUAUGAAACAGAACCAUAGGCUAACAUUUAAACAAAAUUCCACGUCACUGCUAAAUGAGGUUGCCUUGGUUUUUUUGUCGCCCAGCCCUAUUGAAAGAAUAAUAAAAAUAAAAAUCUACAGGAUUGAAAUUAACAACCCCAUAAUUAUAAUUGGCAAUGAGUUAUGAAUUUUAUAAGCAUUUCUCUCUCGCUUCCCCCCUCCCUUAGUAAUUAUGGGGUAGGCAAAUUACUUAGUCUCAAGCAAGUAUCGUUAAUGAGGUCCCUAAAAAAAGUUUAAACUUGAUAAAGGACCAAUAAUAAAAAUCCUUGUAGUUAAAAACUUAAAAGGGUAAGCAAAGAAGACCUCAAAUUGCAGGUGAAACAUAAUGGCGAAACUUACCAGAAAAAUAAGAAAUGAAGAUAAACUUUUUAUAAAAGGAUGGAAAUGGUUUAUAGAAUGUUUACAGAUAAAUUGUAAACAGAUAAGAACAUUGGCAGGAUUAUUGUAAUAACCUGAAGUAUCAUAAGAGUAUAUAUUUAAAGUAGAUGGAUAAAUAAACAGAUUAAGUUAAUAGAUGGAUAUGCAGAAGAUAUUAAAAAUAAAUUUAAGGAACUGCAGAAAGAGGGGGAAGGAAGUCAAGUUUUGAAAUGUUAAAAUGACUGUGAAAUUAUUGAAAUGUAUAAACCUGAGAAUCAUAAACAAAUUAUUAUUAUUAGUUAAAUUCACAGGCAGCUCUCGGUCCCAACAUCUCAGCAUAAAAAUUCAGGAAAUGAAAAGUAAAGAAACGCACAACACUAGCGAAAUAAGCAGGUGGGAGGGGAACCUAUAACGCUCCCCCCCCCAUACACACAAAAUAGCUCCCACUUCCAAGAACCCCUGAAAUUAAAAAUAAGCUAUCACCUGUUUGGUAUCAACCCCUUUGCACGCACACAUUUCACAAAGGUUGGUGAGAGAAUUUGGGCAGGGACUGCAGAAACUGGUUGUUGAUUCCUCCCACCUCCCCACCUGGCAGUGGUUUAAAAGUUGUACUUGACUUUUUCUUUUUAGGGCAGACCGCCUUACAAAAUGGAUAACUGCACCUUUCCGAGGUACAGUGAGAAUGACAUCAUCACGCACAUCCGCAGCUGCUUGCUCACAGCAAACGAGGCCAAAACCUUCUCCAAGGGUGACUUAUUUCCAAACGUCAAGGUAAGUGCUGUAAGAGAGUGGAUUUACGGCACAGAAUCAAAGUGCAGCACUGUGGUGGGUAAAAUAUGCAUUUGAUUUUUCCCUGUGUACAGAGCCAGAAUGAGUGAAUUUAGCCAAAGUAGCUGUUUGCAUGUAAAUAUGUCGCUUUAACUCAGCGCUAUGGUAGCGUAGCAUAUGACUGUAUGGCAAAACAGACCCAGCUCAGGGGGUGGAAUUGUAGAAUUGUAGAGUUGGAACUGACUGCGAGAGUCAUCUUUGUCCAACCCCCUGCAAUGCAGGAAUCUCAACUAAAGCAGCCGUGGCAGGUGGCCACCCACCCUCUGCUUAAGAGCCUCCAAGGAAGGAGUUAAGCAACUUCUUAAAGAGUCCAUUCCUCUGUUGAAUAGCUCUUAUUUUCUGAAAGACCUCCCUGAUGUUUAGUUGGAAUCUCCUUUCUUGUUACUUGAAUCUCUUUGUUUGUGUUCUAGCCUCUGUAUCAGGAAAAAAAUAAGCUUGCUCCAUCUUCCAUAUGGCUAGUGUAAUAUCAAUGAGAUGCAGCAAGUAUUGGACUGGCACCCACAAAGCCGCUUCCCACGCUUCAGGGAGGAGUUUCGAAGCAUUUUGUUCUGUGUUUGUUUAACCAUAGCUUGUUGCAUCAUCUGGACCAACAAACUGGUUAAUGUUAAUACUUGCUACUUGAAAACCAACCAGCGUCAGACUGUGGAUUACCAAGCUGACUUCCAACUAGCCGUAGUUAAGAUCUGUGGCUGUUUUUAUAAUUUCUUAUGUUCUAUUUUUGUACUGGUCAUGAGGGUGAAGUGUGAACCUGAGGCUUCCUGUAGCUCAUUCCCCAUGGUUUAGUGUGGCAUUCAAAUGUUGCUAUUGUGCAGAAACAUACUAUUAUUAAUAUAUGCAUUUGUUUAAAAAAUUGCCUCUGGCAGUGGAAAGUGAAAUAAAUAAAAUCUAAACUUAGUCUGGUUUCCCAUGGCAAAUAAAAUUUCGCCUCUUCUUAGCCUGAAGUGCUGCAGAUGAUCUUUAUGAGAGCCUUGCAAGUUGUGUAUGGAAUCCGCCUGGAACACUUUUAUAUGGUAAGUAUAUAAACAAGACAUGGGGGAAAAGUGCAAUGAAUCCAGAGUAUAAUGGAACCGUGGUUAUUUUUAGUGGAGAGUUUGGGGCACCUUAAAAAACAACAAAUUUAUUUGCUAUAUUUGCCAGUCGUGGUAAACUAUAAAUCAUUGUUCAGCACUCACAAGCAAAUUAUGCCCAUUUAGCCUCUCCUUUUUCACGUUGGAGGAAAAGCAAGCCACAAUCUGUGACAUAGUGUUGCAUCCAAACCAGGGAUCAUUGUUUAUUGGGAUCCACACUAGGGCUUUCUGUGUUGUGUGAGUGCAGCCAUUGUUUGGCUUAGGCUGCAAGAAAUAACAUUAGGCCUUAAGGAGUCUUCAACAUUCUUAGCCUAUUACAGCAAACAUGGCUUCCCCACUCAGAACAGUCAGUCAUUUUCAUAACGCAGGAGAUAAUGCUAAUUUGAAGCUCUUGUGUAUUUAUGCAGAGUUAUAGCAGACACGGGUUGCGCUGUGGUCUAAACCACUGAGCCUAGGGCUUGCCGAUUGGAAGGUUGGCAGUUCAAAUCCCUGCGACGGGGUGAGCUCCCAGCUCCUGCCAACCUAUCAGUUUGAAAGCACGUCAAAGUGCAAGUAGAUAAACAGGUACUGCUCCGGUGGGAAGGUAAACGACAUUUCCGUGCGCUGCUCUGGUUUUGCCAGAAGCGGCUUAGUUUUGUGCGCCUUGGUGCCAUGAACAUCAGGACAUCUCAGUAGACCAAAACCACAGGCUAUAUUUUAUGGGUUAAAAUUGGUCCACAACUUUAUUGAUUGCAAAUGUCAGUGAGUUUGGCAUGGCACUGGGUCAGUCACCAUCCAGCAGGUGGGCUGGAGGGAUACGAGGAGUCAAGGCUGAAUCAAGAAUUGACCCAUGGCAUACAUCAAAUGGAUGCAACCCCCACAGUCUUGCUGCGUUGUGUAGUGCUGUGGCCCUCAGCCCCUGCCUGGGCUUAUGGACAGAAGCCCCUUCCUUGGGAUUCCUUUAAUGGGAUACCGCACCACCCCAGAGGGGGAAGCAGAGGCUCCCAGUUCCCCCUUUGCCAACAACUAGGAACCAACCCAAAUGCCAUAUCUUCCAGUGUUGUGACGAUGGCUGUAAGGAAGGCAAAACCCAAUUUGUCUGAUGGGAGAAAUUCCUGCCUGGACCCAAAUACGGUGACAGUAAUGACUGCAGCAAAGUCCAUAAAGGUAACAAGGCAAUUGAAAAACAGAACGUUGUAAACCAUGAAUAUAGGUCUUGAGCGAAGGCCAUUCUGGCUUUUAAAUGCUGGGAGUCCUAAAGACUCCUGAGAAUCAGCCUCAGGCCCACAUGCUCUGUCUGCACAUGAUUGGACAAAUCACAGGCAGGAAUUCUGAAUUCCAGCAGCCACCAGGAGAGGGGAAUUUGUCUCCUGUUGGUCACCGGAAGCAAGACCCACAGUGGUAUGGCAGAUGGUGGCAGUAAAAGCACUGAGCCGCAAAUGCUGUGUUACCCCUGGAGGGGGUGAGCAGAUAAUAAUACUACAAAAAGAAAUUUUUCAGAUUUGUCUGAAGAAUUAAGUAAAGAAAUUGCAUCUCUUUACUGAUUCUGUUUACUGAUUCCUAGAUGCCAGUGUCCUUUGAAACUCCAUAUCCCCAGAUUUUUGAUGGCUUCCUGCCAAUAGCGAAUCUCUUUACUAACAUGUGAGUAUGCUGAAAUCACAUUCUGUAAACUAAUUUUUAUCCUUUGAAAUGGAUCUGCGAAUGUAUUUUGUAUGGUUUGAUUCAAUUUUUUUCAUUGUGUUCAUCUUUUAUUCUAGUAAGACAUUAAAUGUUGCAGGUGUUGUGAGUUCAGGUAUAGAUAUUGUGGCUGUGCCUGGGUUAUGGAGCUGUUCCAGCAGGCUGUGGCUGUUGAGUUUUUAAUAGCUUAAUGAUCCUUCGUCCUCAGUGUGUUUUUAAUCUGUUGUGCCCAUCUCUUGCUUUUAUUGCACUGUUUUCAUGACUCAUUUUUGUAAUUUUAAAUUUUCUUGAAGCUACACUGGGCAUUGUAAUAGUGAGGGAAGAGCAGGGCAUACAUUUUCUCAAAUACAUAAAUCUUGUGUAAUGGCUGAACUUGUUCUGCUAAAUUUGCAAGCUGAGUUCAAAGUUCUACUCAGCCAGGCUUUGCACCACAGCUUUUUCAAAGUGCUGUGUCACAUGCAGUGUGUUUCAUAGAGUUAAGCACAUGUUUCCGCUAGAUAUCUUUAUUUAAAAACCAACAACAAAGGUUAAUUCGGAUUCAAAGCAGAGCGCUAAGAUAAAAUCUGCAAUCCUAAACACGUUUACUAGGGAGUAACCCCAUGAAAAGAUCUGUCAGGUUCUAAUCGUUUGCCCUAAUAAUAAGUUUAUAAGUAUAUGUAGAGUCUAUUUUUAAAAUGCUUAAUGUUUUGUACAAUUGACAGGGAACGCUUUUUCCCGCUCUGCCGUGUCAACGACUUCCAGAUUGCUGACCUUCUAAAUCCAAGUAAGCUUUUAAUGUCUCUUGUGUGUUCUAAUGUGUUGCGUCUUGGACAAUUCUCGGUUUGAUCUUGAGGGAAUUGCCACCGAGGGCUCAUUGGUUGCAGUUUGGAUGGGAUUCUGUUUUGCAGUCGUGGUGUUCCCCACAGCAAGGGUUCGUCUGGGGGAAUGUGUUGUGCAGUCAGGGAUUUUUAUUGCACGACUGCCUGUCCUACAGUUUGUUAGGACUGCCGAGGCCCAGGUUCAAAUGAGUGCAGGAUAGUGUGCACCCCGAAAAUGAUCUCUUUCAGCUUUUGCCUUCUGGAAGAAGGUACAGGGUUAUAAAGACUAGGACUAGCUGCCUGAGAAACAGUUUCUAUUCAAAUGCGAUUUUGGUUUUAAACGCAGUGUAAGGUAGUCUCUAUGGGAGUAUAUUGUAUUUAAUUAUGGGGUAUCAGAGUUUUUAGAGGGCUAACCAGGCUGGGAUAGCAGACUUGUUGGUUUCUGAAUGUCUGAUGUAGAUUUUCAAUUUCGUCGUUCAGUAUGGGACAAUGACAAUAAAGAUUAUCGUAUCGCUGGUUAAGCUGUAAAGAUCACGGGGGGGGGGGACCUUGAGCCAGUCCGGUCUUCAGGUUACAAUUGUUGCCGUCACAGGGUAGAAUUGCAGCCAAGCGGAAGGCGCAUCGUGCUACAGGAGGAGGAAACAAGUCCUGAACUUUAUUACAUUAACAUUUUAUCAUCAAAAACGGAUAAGAGACAUGCCUUAGCGUCCAAGGCGACCUGUCUGCCAACAAUAAUACCAAUUUCCAUAGCAACCCACUUCUAGAAAUUGUGUACGUGUACGGCAUAUAUACAUCCCCCCAUGUAUGCCAAUAUGUUCCUCUCAUCUUACGACCCCGCCGGCGUAAAAACUGAAGUUUUAAUUAAUUCAUUUUCCUGGUGGAUCUUUACGACAGCCCUGUAAAUAUUGUUUUGUUAGUUACUGUGUUACGUGUUUUUGUGUUCAUACUGCAAACCACCCUGUGAUCCUCAGAUGAAAAGCAGUAUAGAUAUUUAAUACAUAAAUGAGCCCAUAAGAGUCACUAGCUUGCACAUUUUGUUAGUAAUUUAGCUGUAAUUAAGGUUCGUUCUUGGUUUACAAUUCAUGAUUUGUCUGGAGGGGGCAAUCUAUGAACCCAGGUUUGGAAGACACACUGUGCCAAACUGUGGCUUAGCCCUAGUAGCACUGCAGCAGGAGAUGGGGCAGGGGGCAGAAUGCUUAGGUGCCGUUCUUAUUUCUGGGAACUUGUGCAUUUGUGUAAAGCCCUGGUUUUGGCUUGGAGUUAAGUGCAAAAAGAGCCAUAUUGUUUAUUGCAGAGAUUGAUCAGGAUCUACUAGUGUUGAUCUCUGGGUGAUUUUCAGUAGGUUAGCAAGAUUGCAUGAUAAUAGUUAAAACUGACCCACCCCCCACAAUUUUAGGUUGUUGAAUUGGGAUACUGGGAGCGGCGGGAGUUGUGAUGAAUUUUUGUGUGAAAGUUCAGUUUUCCAGUUCUUAUUGCAGUUUCCAACAACAGCAUUAGGAUAAAGUCUGCAAAAACAAUAGCAGAACUACAUGUACAGUUCCUGAAAAUAUUCCAUUAGACAUGCUGUGGCCAGCUCAAAGGGGAUCUCUUUUCUGAAACUAUACAAUUAACUCCCUUGAUUGUACCCUGCACACGAUAUUCAUGGCUUCCAGAGUUUCUACGUAUCAUUUGUAUGUGGUAGAUUCCAUCUAUUGUGGGUUUAAACUUCAGGCGGCUUUUUGAAUUUGAAAAAUUGUAUGCCCCAUAUGUCUUACAAAAGCAUUUCCUUUUAUGUUGCUCUUCCAGAAGCCAAGAGGACAGCUCGUUUUUUGAGUGGCCUCAUUAACUUCCUUUUCUUCCGUGACUCGCGUCGUGAGGUCUACCUGGAAAUCCAGAGCACGUUUGUAAGAUUAAUUACAGGGUUUGGGGUUUCUAGACUUUACAUGUCGCAAAACAAAGAUCACUCCAUAGUAUCAUUUCAUAGAAUCGUAGACUAGUACUGUCAAAAUGAAGCUGUGGGCAAUAGGAUAUAUGCAGUAUUUCAGUUUCUUUUGAAUAAAAGUCAGUUUGGCAGAAAGUGGGACAGCAGGAGGCAAGAUAAAAAUAUCCCAGUUUAGGAAGUUGAUCCUACUUCCUUUAGUUUGCCUAACUCCCUACCAGCUCUUUGUUCUACAGGACACCUCAAAUCUUCCUUUCAACAGCAACAAUGAGAAAUAGUGGGUGGUGGAGGCAUGGGUUUCAACGAAAGGCAGGUCAAGGCGGGGGGAAGAAGAUUCCGACAGAGAGAGGAGGGGUAAUAGGUGACAGCAGAAGGGGACUUCAGAGGCAAAGUUUAGGGAUUUGGUGGUUGUGGGGUAGAAAGCCAAGGGGGAUAUAGGAUUGCCAGGGGGGUUCUUGUUCUUUUGGAAUGCCACCUAUUUAUUGCCAGAACUAAGAGAAAAACCCACACCUAAUGAAAUUAUUUCCCUUUAAACAACCUUUUAGUUAAGAUACAGGACUCUAGAUAUAAAGACUAACAAGUGUGGCAAAACCCAAAAGGCAGUGAGGGAAGGAUAUGGGGAUCUGAAUUUCACAGGCUGAUGAUUAACCAGUUGGUUCUCUCUCAGAACAGGAGGAGGAGAUCCAAUGUGAGUUCUCACAUCAGUCACUGGAGACAGGGCUUAGUAGAAUUGGUAGUAGGCCUGGGCGAUGUAUCGGUGCAGACUGAUAAGGGGCAGACUGAUGGCAGCUUCACCUGGCGGCAUAUUGCAGGUGAAACUGACACUGCUCCUGAGUCCCUCUGCUACCAGCGCUGCUUUCAACAUCGGGCUGCUGGUAGCAGAGGGACUCGGCGGUGGUUUCACCUGCAAUGUACCGCUGGGGGUACAAUGUACACGCAAGCUGGAGAGGCACGGGGCUCGCUCAGCUGGGGGGCAGGAACCCUCCCUCUCCCCAGUCGUGCCUUGCAAACAAGCUGCGUUCUUCCAGUGGCGAGGUGCUGGGGUGAAAAGUGCCUUGGCUUCCGUGGUGAGGACUGAGGCAGUUUCACCCCGCACCUCGCAAGCCGGGGCCAAUGCAGCUUGUUGUUUCAACAUUGCAACAUAUUGCCAAACCACAAUCUUUGGCUGGUGAUGCAUCCCGAUGUUGAAAACCAGACACCCCCCAGCUCUAGUUGGCAGCAGAAGUUUCUUCCCAGUUCUUGUACCUAGAGGUACCGUACUGCAGGGCCUUUCAUUUACUACUUCUUCCGUGUGCUCCUGCUAAAUAUACCUACCAGGAUGUGGUCUGAUGGGGCUGAAGGGCCACUUUGCUGAAGUGAAGCGGGUCUGGGUGUUGGGAUACUGCCGGGAAGACGGGGGCAUCAGGCAGGCCCCCAGCUGGCUCCAACCACCGGCCGGCAGCCGGUCUCCCUUGGAACAGCAUCAAACAGCGACACGAGCCUCAGAUACGAUUAGAGACCCGUGCACGCUCUGUCAGCAGAGUGUGUAAAUCAUCUCACAGCAGAAGAGGUGGACAGAGAGAUAUGCAAGCAUAAUGUACAGCAUUUUAUUCAGCAUAGGAAAACGUGUCUGCUUCCCUUCGUCUCCAUCAAAACAGCAGUAACACAAAAGCUAUAUACAAACGGAGGUUCCCAGCGAGUGCUGGAAGUAAACAGGCAUGUGACACACACACAUCAUGCCUGUACCCUUUUAAGGUGGAAUGGAACUAUAUCCUAACAUCCUCCCCCUUUCCAUGUAACCUGUAGUACCUGUGGUUCAACCCAAUUGUAACCUCUGUACAUAAAGCUUAAGUUGUUCUCUGUCAACAACCUUAGACAACAGAUCUGCAGGAAUUUCAUUUCCUGGCAUGUAGGACACCUGAAUGAGUCCUUUCUGAAUAUACUCUCUUGCACGAUGUGACUUUAUCUGCAAGUAUUUGGUUAUUUGCUUGCAACUCUGAGUUCAGCAAAGCCAAACAGGAUCUAUUGUCUUGAUACACCUGUAUAGGACAUUUCACAGAAACCUUGAUGUCCUGAAACAGUUGCGUCAACCAUUCACAAUCCAUGAGUGAAAAUGGCAGGGCAUUGAGCUCUGCUUCACAGGAACGUAGGCUUACUGUCGUCUGCUUUUUGCACAACCAGUCAAACAGACAGUGGUUGUACAUGUAGCAUACUCCAGAAGUGCUUGUACUAUCCGUGGUGUCAAUUCCAAAACUAGCAUCUGCAAAGAUUUCAAGACCUCCAGUCUUCUGACUGGUGAACCUCAGCCUGUAGUGCAAAGUCCCCUUCAAAUAGCACUUCAGAGCUUUCCAAUCCUGAACAGUAGGAUUGUUGGCAUGUCUGCUAAGCUGGUUAGUGCCUACAGCUAUGUCAGGUCUUGAACAUCUAUGCAGUUGGUGCCCGGGUACAUGAAUGUCUGGGAACUCCUUGCAGGCCACCUUGGGUCCCAUGGGGGAAGAAAGGCAGUAUAUAAAUGUAAGAAAGUGAACAAAUCUUUCCCCCAGCUGCCUUGCCUUCAGACAAUCAGUCCUCUUACCAUUAGGGUGAAGGAAUAAUGUGUGGUAAGUUUGGAUUUCCAAUCUGCUCUGGGGGCUGGAACACCUUACUUUUGUAGCAGCAGCAGUGACUCUCCCUCUUUGGAAAGUGCUCCUAUUUCCACUGUGGGAGUUAGGAAGAGCCACUCAUGGUUUUGACUCCCCCAGCAAGAUAGGCCUCUAGGUUAAUGAACCUUGCAGACAGUCAUCACUCUGUAUGACAUUCAACUGUCUUCAGAAAGUCGUGGAAUCUUGAGUCUAUAAAGUACAGUACUAUAGGCUAAAAACAGUCACUGCUUCAGUGGGACCUAAGCAUAGGCCCAGUUCUCUGGCCUGUAAGAUCAAACUGUUUUGUAGACCCAAGUGUACAUUUUGGUUUGCAUGCAAUGUAAACUGUUCUCUUUUUGCAGAAAUCAGCUGUGGAAAAAGAGCAACGACUUCAAACAGCAAUUCAGGAGGCAACAUUGAAGUUGGAGAAACUUGAGUAAGUCAACUAAGGGUUGGAUACCUCACUUUAAAGCAGGGGUCAGCCAACUUUUUCAGCAGGGGGCCGGUCCACUGUCCCUCAAACCUUGUGUGGGGCCGGACUAUAUUUUGAAAAAAAGAAUGAAUGAAUUCCUAUGCCCCACAAAUAACUCAGAGAUGCAUUUUAAAUAAAAGCACACAUUCUACUCAUGUAAAACCACCAGGCAGGCCCCACAAAUAGCCCAGAGAUGCAUUUUAAAUAAAAGGACACAUUCUACUCAUGUAAAAACAUGCUGAUUCCCAGACAGUCCAUGGGCCGGAUUUAGAAGGUGAUUGCUUCAGGAUGAGAACAGAAAUCGUGCUCCGGCGGCGCGGCAGCAGCUGGAAGCCCCAUUAGCUAAAGUGGUGCUUCAGGUUAAGUACAGUUUCAGGUUAAGUACGGACCUCCGGAACGAAUUAAGUACUUAACCCGAGGUACCACUGUAUAGGGAAUGGGCAUGGAAAAGCUCAGCUGCAUGCAGAGCCUUUGGCGGAUACCACCCCUAAGAUUGUAAGGCAAUUGCAUUAAAGUGAGCUUUUGAACUAAGUGAAAACAAGUAGGUCUUUGUGAACAUACACGGCAAGUACAAAUACCCUUUUUCUGUAUGUGCAGUACUGUUCCUGCAGAUCAAGAGGCAGAGUUCAAGGAGCUCUCUCAGGAUAUUCAAGAGCUGGAGCAAAAACUGAACCAUGAAUAUCGGCAGAAAACGGUGUGUGUUCUUUCUUACAGAAGUCUGCUGGGAAUCCAAAGUUGCUUUGCUAUUAAAAUUUGCUAUUAAGUAAUACUCGUGGGUUUUGUUCAGUUUUUGUCUUUGCUGGAGAGCGCUGAACACCUUGUCCUUUAAAUUUUUCUUGUUGCCAUUUGCAGAACAUUAAAGUCAAUGGCAUGAGUGGUUGCCUCUCUUUUUGGGGGUGCAUUUGGAAUUUUAAGAUGAUGAGCACCAGUCACAAAAUGGCUGUUGUUAGGGGUGCGGCUCAGCAAAAUGGUUUCCACCUCCAAAAUAACCGAAAAGGAGAUGGGAACAUAAAGUAAAGGUAAAGGCACCCCUGCCCGUACGGGCCAGUCGUGUCCGACUCUAGGGUUGUGCGCUCAUCUCACUCUAGAUGCCGGGAGCCAGCGCUGUCCGCAGACACUUCCGUGUCACGUGGCCAGCGUGACGAAGCUGCUCUGGCAAACCGGUACCAGAGCAGCACACGGAAACGCCGUUUACCUUCCCGCUAUAAAGCGGUACCUAUUUAUCUACUUGCACUUAGAGGUGCUUUCGAACUGCUAGGUGGGCAGGAGCUGGGACCGAACGACAGGAGCUCACCCCGCUGCGGGGAUUCGAACCGCCGACCUUACGAUCAGCAAGUCCUAGGCACUGAGGUUUUACCCACAGCGCCACCCGCGUCCCUUGAUGGGAACAUAAAAUGGUUCAAAUAUGGAAAAAUCUAUUCACUUUUUUUUUAUUAAUAGAAUAUGUUUGGAAAAAUCUUGCUUCUUUUCCGCUGUGCUGCUGCAGCAUGCUGUGCUGCUGUAGAUAAGAGCAAGAAAAUAAAAGAUAACUGAUUCCAGGGAUAAUUCUGAAUUACUAGAGCCAGCCAUAGAAACAUGCUGGCAUCUCUCUCAUUUGAGUGGGGGCUUAGGAAAGCCCUGUGCAGGAGCAAUAUGAGAGAGAGAAAGAGACGAGCUUACUUGCAUUGGGCAUCUAUCUACUGCCAUUAUUUCAUCUAUGGUCCUGUGGGUAUGUUAUUCCCCUAGCUUUCUACAAAACUCCUCUAUAAUCUGGACGACAUGUGAGGUAAAAGUCUAGGUUCUUCUAGAGUUCAGGAUGAGCCCCUUCAAAUUUCAUUUCUUGACUAGCAAAAGUGAUUGUUCUUUCAUACUAGGCUAUUUUGCAAGAAGAGAUCUCCCAGAAGAAAACAGAAGUUGCAGAAAAAGCACAGAAGCUGGUAAGUGGAGCUCAGUGGGGAGCUGGAAUGGUAGUCUCGAAGAAAUACCAGCAUAUAUUGAUCUCCAAUAGCUAUAUUUGAUAUGGGAAUCCUUAGUUUUAAAACAGUCUUAAGAAAUGCCUGUCACUGAAAUUUUCAUUCGAGAGGUUUUUGUUAUUGGUUACCAUCAGCAACGUACGACAACAAAUUUGCUGAAAAAUGGAGUAAAUUCUGUCCUAAGCAUUUACAAAUUUUCAUUCCCCCCCCAAAAAAAAUAUUCAUGUGAUGCUUGUGAUAGAGCAGUAAAAACAACAAACCUAUGGUUACGUGAAACAUACUCAAUAAACACACAAGACGUAAUUGGCUGUACUUUUGAAUAAAUAAAGUAUACUAUUCAUUGUAUCAAAUUAAUUUCAACGGAAGUCUCAUAAAGUUCAACGAAAAAAGCAGAAGACCCAGUGGAUCAGUUCAUUCUCUAAUCAGUUCAUGCAUAAGGUCCAUACAUGUAUAAGUGUCUAUUCCACAUGUCUGUUCCUGGAGUCCAAUAAUCCAUCAAGCCCACAUCAUUUACCUUUUCUUCAUCUAGAAAUUUUUGUGGAUGAAUCAAGAAUUAAAGUGCGUCCUCAUAAGAAAAGCACAGAUAGAAAUUCUUUGUUAGAGAAUGAACUGAUCCACUGGGUCGUCUACUUUUUUCGUUGAACUUUGAGACUUCCGUUGAAACUUACAAUUUGAUACAAUGAAUAGUAUACUUUAUUUAUUCAAAAGUACAGCCAGUUGUGUGUUUAUUGUGAUAGGGCAGUAGCAUGGCUCACCCCCCAGACAAAGCGUAGCAGCAAAGAGGAAUUUCUGUGUUUGGCAUUAAGCCACAUAUUUCUUCUCUACACAAUAUGCUCUCAGCAUUCCACAAGUCCUGAAAUAUCUCAUGGUUUUGGUUUCUACUUUCGUUCUUCUGAGUGACCCAGGUUCACAUGAGGUAGUUUUGUGCCUGAUUUAUAGCAGCAGCCUUUUUAAUCUAGGAGGUUAUAUUUUAAACUAGCAUGUGAUCAUGGACACUGCAAUGCCAAUACCUUUUAUUAGUUUGUUUACGUUGGUAAACUCUAUUCAGCUGUUUACAAUUCUUUAUAGUGUUGAAUAGUGUCUCCUCUACUUUAAGGCAGAAUUACCUGCAUGCUGCUCUUUGUAGAACAGGUUCCAAAGUUUGGAAAUUCAGAAAUGGCUGCAUGUUGCGCUCCUUGUGCUGUGCACGGAAAUGAAAGCCUUGACUACUUUAAUCAAGUGAAAUGGCUUUGUUUUGUUUUGAAAGCAAAAAAAGUCUAAUUGUCACUAACUUCAGUCCAGUAAAAGAUGUGCUUCAAAACAGUUGUUCAAUAUCUAAUUUAAACCUGUGGUAACAUUAAGAAUAUUUAUAUUCUUUGUUAAUUAGAAUGAGCAAAAACUAACCCUAUGUAAUCUAAAAGAAGAACAAAAACAACUAAAGUCCAAAAUCGCAGAUGAUCCAGAGGAGCUGGCUACUCGUAAAGAACAACUCCAGCAGACACUGCAAAAACUCAAGAAAGACAAAGUGAGUCAUCUUUUUCCCCUUUGUAUUUUAUAUAUCAGCAGCAAUUAAACCUGCUGGACAAGUGAGCAAAAACAACUUUCCUCUUGCUUGUUGUGUGCUUCACAUGCAGAAAAUCUUCCUUUUCUGCCUUAUGAUUGCUUAUCUGUAUGAUUGCAUCAGAGGAGGAAUUGAAUGCUUUUUCUGCACCCUUCAGAAAAAGUAUAAUAGAAUAUCUACCUAGAAUAUCUAGAAUGCUGAUGUGUUUUAAUAGCUUAUUGCCGUUUUAAUUUUUUGAAUCUUUUAAUGGCGUUUGCUAAUAAUUUCAUUAUAUUCUUUUCCCUUUUAUAUAUAAAUUUUAUUAAAUAAAUAAUAAAUGCAUACAAAUCCUUCAGAAAAUUUUGCUAAGUUCUUGAAAGUGGCCAGGUAUGGUAGGUUUUCUGAAAAAUGUUGCUAUACAAAGUGCAUGGGAUGCUAAAAUUCUGCUCAAUUUUUCAAAAAAAUUAUAAAGCAAGAAGUGAUUAAGAAGUAUGAAAGUUACAGAGACCUGGUAGAAAUCUUACCACCGUGCCAGCAGGAGAUCCAGUUGUACCAGAAAAAAAUGGAAACCCAAGUAGCCAAUGUGGCUAAACUGUCAAAUAUAGUUGCAGAGGUAUGUAUUCCAAAUUUCUCUCCCUUACAUUUUAGCUGUGGAACUGUUGCUAAAUCUAUUUUUUUGGUAUUAGCACAACUCUGAGGUUAAUUCCUGGUAGGUUCCUGGUACCAAGAUGGAGGACUGGAUGGGGAAAUGAGAAAAAUAAGACCCAUCAUCUGGCAGUCCCUGUGUGUGUGCAGAGGAAGGGCAAAGUCAAAAAGGGGCUGUGGACUUAGGGCAAUCUUUGCAGCACACAGCCAUAUAUUUCUGACAUAAGGAAAUAAGGAGAACCUGCUGGGCCGGCAACCUUCUCACAGUGGCCAACCCUGUGCUUAUGAAAUGUCCUCAAGCAGAACCAGAGUGCAGCAGCGCUUUCCCGUCUUGCGCUUCUCUGGUAUUCAGAUGUAGAUUGCAGGUUGCUUGCCGAUCAGGAGGUCAGCAAUUCGAAUCCCCGCAACGGGGUGAGCUCCCGUUGCUCUGUCCCAGCUCCUGCAAACCUAGCAAUUCGAAAGCAUGCCAGUGCAAGUAGAUAAAUAGGUACCACUGUGGCGGGAAGGUAAACGGCGUUUCUGUAUGCUCUGGUUUCCGUCACGAUGUGCCGUUGCGCCAGAAGCGGUUUGGUCAUGCUGGCCAUAUGAUCCGGAAAGCUGUCUGCGGACAAACGCCGGCUCUCUCGGCCUAAAAGCAAGAUGAAUGCCGCAACCCCAUAGUCGCCUUUGACUGGGCUUAAGUGUCCAGGGGUCCUUUACCUUUGCCUUAUUCGGAUGCCUUUGAGACUGGAGGUAGAACUUGGUCAUUGUAGCUAGUAGCCAUUGAUAGUCUUGUCCUCUUUGAUUUUGUCUUUUAAAGCCACCCAAGUUAGUGGCCAUCACUACAUAUUGUGAGAGCAAAUGUAGUUUUUAUGAAGCGGUGUGAAAAAGUACUUCCUUUUGACUUUCUUGAAUCUUUCAACAUUCAGUUUAAUUAAUGCCCCCAGAAUUCUAGUAUUAUGUCGGGAUUCAACCUCAAUCCAUUGAACGCCAUCCCUCCUCCAACCGCAUCCAGAAACUCACAUUGCCUGUGUGCCUGGUUCCAAUUCAAAUGAGAGGUUGAGCUGGGUAUCAUCUGCAUACUGGUCCAGCCCAUAAUGGUCCCUCAUCACCCUGUGACAAAUGGGGUGCUUCGGGUUCUGUCCUGGGCCUGUUGUUGUACAACGUCUUUAUAAACGACUUGGACAAAGGAAUUAUGCACAUGGGGCCCUCAUCAAAUUUGCAGAUGACACCAAACUGGGAGGGGUAGCUAAUGCCGCAGAAGACCUUAACAGACUGGAGAACUAGGCCCAAACUAGCAAAAUGAAUUUCAAUAGGGAUAAAGCUUCUAUAGUUAGGCAGGAAGAACCAGAUGCACAAAUGUAAGACAGGGGAGUAGUACAUGUGAAAAGGAUCUAGGGGUCUUAGACCACAAGCUUAACAUGAGUCAACAAUGUGAUGUAGCAGCAAAAAAGGCUGGCGUUGUUACAGGCUGCAUCAACAGAAGUAUAGCGUCCAGAUCGAGAGGAGCAAAUUCCACUCUGUUCUUCCUUGAUCAGACCACACCUAGAGUACUGUGUCCAGUUCUGGGCAUCACAGUUUAAGAAGGAUAUUGACAAGCUGGAGCAUGUGGAAAGGAAAGACGAAGAUGAUCAAGGCUCUGGAAAUCCAGGCUUUUGAGUGACGGUUGAGGGAAUUGGGUAUGUUCAGCCUUGCAUAAUAGGAGAUAUGAUAGCCAUCUUCAAAUAUCUCAAGGCUGUCACAUGGAAGAUGGAAAAGGCUUGUUUUCCCCUGCUCCAGAGGGUAGGACCAGAACUAAUGGGUUCAAGUUACAAGGAAGAAGAGUCCAACUAAACCUCAGGGAGAACUUCAUGACAAUAAGAGCUAUUCAACAGUGGAACGGUCUGAGGAGGUUGUGGACUCCUUCCUUGCAGGUUUUAAAGCAGAGGUUGGACAGCCAUCUUUCUUGGAUGGUUUAGUUGAGAUUCCUGCAUUGCAGGGGGUUGGUCUAAAUGACCCUUGAGUCCCCUUCCAACUCUAUGAUCAGAACGUCUACUUUAGCUAAGCUUAUUACUAUAGAGGCAUUUUUCCUCUGCCUGAGAAUAAGAAAUGUUAAUGUAAUUGGGAACUAACAGUUCUAUUGUGGCUCUCCACCAAAGUCAGUUUAGCUUGGGUUAAUGUCUAAACUGGGGGAGAAUUAUUCCCCUCUUACCCCCAGCAAGACAAGAAACAUUUCUGUGCAAUGAACUGACCUAUUUGCUGAUUUGACCAUAAAUAGCUUGGCUUAUAUCUUAGCCAAUCGGAUGUGAGUGGGGACAGGUACGCUCUUUUCUAAAAAAACAAACAAAUUCCAAACAUAACUCAGUAGCUCAACAAUACUGUGAAGUGACUCUAUAUAACCGCUGUUUGUAUUUUUUGCAUAUCAGAUCCGAACCCUAGAGGACCAGAUAGAGAGCAACAAAAGUGAAUUAAAGAAUGCCAAGAUGGAGGAAAUAACCUUGAGGAGACUAGUGACUGUGAAGCGGGAGAAACUCACCACUGCUGAAAUCAAACUUAAAAAGACAUGUGAGGAUAUUGAACAGCGCAAGCAAGCAAUAACUCAGUAAGAAUGAGUUAAUAUUUCUGUUCUUAUUUUGCUUGGUAUCUUAAAACAUCAUCAUACAGUUUCAAAAUUUGCAUUCUGACCAAAGCAUACAUGUUUAUGACACCCUUUGGGAAGGGGUUCUGCUACUUCGUGAAGACAGUUUUGCUUCUGGCAGGUGGUUUGUCGCAAUGCAAGUUGACUUUGAGCACAGUCCUCAUUUAAGGCUUCUUUCUUUCAUUCUCUUGUAAAAAAGCCACAAAGGCUCCCUCGAAAGUCCGUUUGCCUUUCAUGAAUCUUUCAUAAUUUUCUGCCUCUUCUGGUUAUCAAGAAUCUCGAGACCUGUAGGGAAUUUUUGUGCUUGUUUCCGAAAGAGAUGCAACACAUCUCUUGUUCGUUGGUUUGUUUCUUCUCCCGGCUGCAGCAGAUUCAUAUGGCAACACUUGCCGCAUCACAGUUCCAAUCCCCUCCAAGGAAUUAGGACUUUGACGCAGUUUAGCUCCUGAGUUACUUAGAAUGCAAGGCCCAUUCUUAUUUCUCCAUCUCAGCCCUCAGGGCAGAAAGGGGAUUGGAGGCUCAAGGUGAGCAGCAGGUCUUUGAGUAAAUAAGCAAAAGUCUGUGGGACGUGGGCGGCAGUGUGGGUUAAACCACAGAGCCUAGGACUUGCCGAUCAGAAGGUCGGCGGUUCGAAUCCCCGCGACGGGGUGAGCUCCCUUUGCUCAGUCCCUGCUCCUGCCAACUUAGCAGUUUGAAAUCAUGUCAAAGUGCAAGUAGAUAAAUAGGUACCGCUCCGGUGGGAAGGUAAACAGCGUUUCCGUGCGCUGCUCUGGUUCGCCAGAAUCGGCUUAGUCAUGCUAGCCACAUGACCUGGAAGCUGUACGCUGGCUCCCUUGGCCUAUAGAGCGAGAUGAGUGCCGCAACCCCAGAGUCGGUCACGACUGGACCUAUGUACAGUGGCACCUCUGGUUAAAUACUUAAUUCGUUCCGGAGGUCCGUUCUUAACCUGAAACUGUUCUUAACCUGAAGCACCACUUUAACUAAUGGGGCCUCCUGCUGCUGCCGCGCUGCUGGAGCACGAUUUCUGUUCUCAUCCUGAAGCAUUAUUUCUCAGUUAGCGGAGUCUGUAACCUGAAGCGUAUGUAACCUGAAGCGUAUGUAACCUGAGGUACCGCUGUAACUGGUAAAUUUGGGCAGUAGUGACAGGGAGAGCUCAUGGAGGGACGGAAUAGGAGAAGCAAGAAUAAUCCUUAGAACUGCUCUCCUUUGGAAAAAGGAGCUUUUUUAAAAAGAUAGCUAUGAUAAAAAAACAAGGUAGCUCUAUUGCCAUGCCAAUAGACCUGAAUUCAAGCAAAACUUCUCCCAAAGUUAUUUUCAAAACUUCAGAAACAAUUGACAUCGUUAGUAAACUCAGCUAUAUGUUUCAUAUUCUAAAAUCCUCAUUCCACGGUAUUUUUGUGUGAAUAGAGUAAUAUUAAUCUAGACCAGGGUUCCCCAAACUUGAGAAACUGCUCCAGCUGUUUUUGGACUACAACUCCCAUCAUUACUGCCUAAUAGAACUAGGAAUAAUGGGAAUUGUAGUCCCAAAACAGCUGGAGAACCAAGUCUGGGAAACUGGGCUAAACAUUCACAAGUAGAGAAACCCAGUUCUGCUUUUGUCUUAUUUCAAGAUAAAGCAUGAAAAAAAAACCAGAUGUAGUGAAUCGCCAGUAUGUGAACUGACAUUUGCUGCUAGUACAAUUUUUAUCUAUGUGGUUUUAUUUGCGAUUAGUGCUACAAUAACUAGUUAAUUAUUUUCUAGGUACUGCAACAAAUUUCAGGAGAAGAGAGGAGCUGUCUGUGAGAAGUUAACAGCAACUCAUGCAGAAAUCAAGCAGCUCAAAAGUGCUAUUCGGCAGCUAAAUUACAAUGCGGAGAAAGAGAAGUUGAAAGCUCAGGUGAGUGCAAAGAUUAGACAUGACGCCGACACAUGCAUAAGUGGAAUAGGUCAAACUUCACAGAAGCCAAGUGGGUAAUAAUAAUAAUAAUAAUAAUAAUAAUAAUAAUAAUUUUAUUAUUUAUACCCCGCCCAUCUGGCUGGGCCUCCCCAGCCACUCGGGGUGGCUUCCAAAAAAAUAUUAAAAUACUAUAAUACAUCAAACAUUAAAAGCUUCCCUAAACAGGGCUGCCUUCAGAUGUCUUCUAAAAGUUUGGUAGUUGUUGUUCUCUUUGACAUCUGGUGGGAGGGCGUUCCACAGGGCGGGUGCCACUACCGAGAAGGCCCUCUGCCUGGUUCCCUGUAACUUGGCUUCUUGCAGUGAGGGAACCGCCAGAAGGCCCUUGGAGCUGGACCUCAGUGUCCGGGUAGAACGAUGGGGGUGGAGACGCUCCUUCAGGUAUACUGGGCCGAGGCCAUUUAGGGCUUUAAAGGUCAGCACCAACACUUUGAAUUGUGCUUGGAAACGUACUGGGAGCCAAUGUAGGUCAUGCUGAUGGGGCUUCUGCUGGUGAGAAGAGGUACACACUAGUACUUAACGUGCGUGGACCCAGAGAGGAACCCGUGGAACAUUUUUAUAGAGGUUUCUUUCUGCUUGAAAUCAACACAUCCUCCUACACACACAACACACAUGCCAAUGGCCCUGAACAUAUUUAGGUUCCCAAUAUAAAACAUGUUCUCAUUGCCUGUAAAGUUACAGGGAACCAGGCAGAGGGCCUUCUUGGUAGUGGCACCCGCCCUGUGGACUGCCUUCCGACCAGAUGUCAAAGGAAAAUAAAAACUGCCAGACGUUUAGAAGACAUCUGAAGGCAGCCCUGUUUAGGGAAGCUUUUAAUGUUUGACGCAUUGUUGUAUUUUAAUAUUUUGUUGGAAGCCGCCCAGAUGGGCGGGGUAUAAAUAAUAAAUUAUUGUUAUUAUUAUUAUUACUAAUCCAAGAUGGUAAAAUGGUGGGUAUGCUGGUAAAGCCUUUGCCAAGAAAAAUGACCGAGUUAUGCGCUUAAAAUUUUGGGAAAUAUCAUUGAAGCACUAGGACCCAGCUCAGAAAGCGUGGUGCAGUUUGUAUAGAAUUCCAUAAUAAAGGUGAAGGUAAAGGACCCCUGACAGUUAAGUCCCGUCGCGAACAACUCUGGGGUUGCAGUGCUCAUCUCAUUUACUGGCCAAGGGAGCCAACAUUUGCCCUCAGUUUUUCCGGGUCAUGUGGCCAGCAUGACUAAGCCGCUUCUGGCGAAACCAGAGCAGCGCACGGAAACGCCGUUUACCUUCCUGCUGGAGUGGUACCUAGUUAUCUACUUGCGCUGGCGUGCUUUCAAACUGCUAGGUUGACAGGAGCUGGGACCAAGCAAUGGGAGCUCACCCUGUUGUGUAGAUUCGAACCGCCGACCUUCCAAUCGGCAAGCCCUAGGCUUAGUGGUUUAGACCACAGCGCCACCCGUGUCCCAGAAUUCCAUAAUGGCCAGCAACAAAACACCGGCUGUCAUUUAUAGAGCUUCACUAUGCAUCAUGUGAUAAGUCAUAUAAAGUCCUCGAAUGGAUGUGGCAGAGAUGAGAUGAGGCUGCAGAUGAUACCUUUAUAUGUAAUGCUUUGAAGACAGCGGUCCAGUUUUGUGCAGCUAUGAUGAGCUUAGCACAUGUCAGAAGUAUUCUGAGCUUUAUAGAUUAUAGCAGAGGGAUAUUGACACCUAUAGGUUUGUCCAGCAUGUUUUUUCCUCGCUCGUAACAAGUAACUCUACCUAUCUCUCCCCCACCCUGACCCCAAAAGGAGAUUUGCCUUAGCUUGAGGGUUGGCUUGGAUAAAUACCAUGAACUUCUGGCAAGUAUAGUGGAAAAGACGACAUCUGGAAGAGAAGAGAAGAUCGCCGAGUUAACUAAACUGCUUUGAGUUCAUAUUUCUGCAACUGAUUUGUACAUAUUUUGUUCUGUCUCGUUCAUCUUUAAGGUUGUAUUUCAGCUGCACGUGAUCAAUGGUAAAAUAAGCAUUCUUUUGGCCUUGAUUGGCACAGGAGGGCAGCAAAACUAGACCUAGCUGUACCAACUAAUAAAUCCUGCUGGAGUGCUUUGUUCAGGCCAUCUGUACUUUAUUUCUGUUUGCUAUUUCAUUUUGUUCCUAUGCUACAACCAUUCUAGCAUUUGCAGAUCUUUAGUGGUAGGCUUGGUCUUCUCUAAGGAAUGGCUGUGUUCGCAAACAAGCCAUGUCCUUGACGUCAGAAAAUGCAAGCUCCAGUUCAUGUCAGUUUCUGCUAGUAAGCUUUGGAAGCUACCCACAACUUGAAAAUAGAAGCAUGUGAUUUUGUCGCUACAACUGGGAACCAUUGUUUUUUUAAAAAAAUACAUGUAUGCAAUAAAGCUUAAUACACAUGG